AUGGUAGCGAUUAAAGUAACUUACGGUGCUUCCGUUCAUAAAUUUAAUGUUGCUGUUGAUUCUACUUGGGCAACUUUCGAGCAUAACUUGCGUACCCUUUUCAAAAUUCCUGAUAAUUAUAAAGUCAUCGCUUCAUAUACUGAUGAGGAUAAUGAUGUUAUUACACUUUCCAGUGAUAUUGAACUUUGUGAAGUUCUUGAUCAUCAUUCCAAUGAUAACAAUACCCCUGUUAGACUAGUUUUAAAUGCUAUUCCUACCGCAAAUAAUUCCAAUAAUAAAGAAAUACAGGAAACUUUCGAAAAAAUGACAAUUGCUGAUGAUGAAAAAUGUUGUGAUAUCGAAACCGAAACCGAAACUGAGAAUGAAAUUUGUGAAAAAUCUUCUGAUGAAAAAUGCUGCAACAAUAAAUCUUCUGAUGAAAAAUGUUGCGAAGAUGAAGAAGAACAAAGUAGUUCUGAUCCGGAAGUUUACUAUUUCGUCCGUUCCAAACGUGGACCUCGAUUUGGAUCCGCUAAAUUUGAUUCUCCUCGCGGAUUUCACGGACAUCUACCAUCCCAUCCUCCACCUGAAUAUGCUCCGCCCGAAUAUGAAUUACACAGAAAACAUCAUGGAGAAUUUGAAGAAUUCGGUCCUCACGGUGAAUGUUGUAAGGAAGGAAAAGAAAAUCAUAAAGAUGAUAAAGAAUGUAAUAAAGGUGAAAAGUGUGAAAAAGAUACAAUUGAUCCUUGUGUAGAACGUGAUCCUCCCGUUCAUCGUCCUCCUGGUUCUCAUCGUCCUCAUCAUUCCCUUCCCGCUUUUCCAGAUAGUUAUCCACAUGGUUGUACACACAUGCGUGGGCAUCAUCAUGGUCAUCAUCCAGGUUUCCGUGGACGUGGACAUGGACAUGUAUUAGCCGAAAAAGUGGCACUUUUAAAUUCCAUGAAUUUCCCUUCAGAUAAGAAUGCACAUUACGAAGAAUUAUUGAAGAAAUUUCAUGGAAGAAUUGAGAUUAAAGAAAGCGAAACCUCUCCAUUCUUAGUUUAA